ACCAAAUUUCUGAAAAUGGAAAACAAACAAAAAGAGGAAAGUCAAAUCGACGAUUAAGAGUACUUUUCAGAUUGAUUCGUGAUGAGUUCGUGGAGCAAGAGCUUUGGUAGGCUCUUCAAUGGUGUGUCGCUUGUAGCGAAAGAGAUCUAUAAUCAGUCACCGGAAUUACAGAGAGCGAGAAAUGGAGAUCUCGAAGGCUUAAUUACGUCUUCUGGUAAAAAAGCUUUGGUUGCUGCCACCGACUUAGUCGGACUUACCUCCGGGAAGCUUCGCGAGCUCUCGAUUCGUCGAUCUAAGGAACCUUCCGUUGUUUACUUCGACGAAGGAGAUAACAAAGAUACCGUCGUCGUAACGCCUGAGGUUAGAUCUGCUAGUAACGAACCUAGCGAGAAAAUCGUUGAUUCGAAAGUCCUGAGAAGCGAAUUUAACGAUGAAGCUAAGAUUUCAAAUAGAGAAGAAGAGAUUAAGGUUUCAAGCAACGUAGACAGCGAGAUUAUUGGAGUUAGAGCUACCGAAUCAGGUGCGGUUGCAUCGUCUUCGGCGGAGGUAGUAGCUCCGGUGAAGAGAAGGAGACCUAGAGAGAGGAAGGUUCCAUCAACUCCUAUGGCAAGAGCUUAUGGGUUUUUCAAUUUAGGAGCUGCUCUUGCUUGGGGAGCUGUUAAAGAAUCUACGUAUAGGAUUGUGAAUGGGACACCAAUGACAGAAGGCAAUCAACCUGCACUAUCGUCUUUGAUGUCUAAGGAAAAUGCUGAAAGAUUGGCUCUUGGAUUGUGUGAAAUGCGUGGAGCUGCUCUUAAAGUUGGCCAAAUGUUGAGUAUACAGGACGAGAGUCUUGUUCCUGCUCCGAUCUUGAAUGCUCUGGAAUAUGUGCGUCAAGGUGCUGAUGUUAUGCCAAGAAGUCAACUUAAUCCUGUUUUGGAUGCUGAGUUAGGUCCUAAUUGGCAAUCCAAGUUGACUAGUUUUGAUUAUGAACCGCUAGCGGCAGCGAGUAUUGGUCAGGUGCACCGAGCUGUUACUAAAGAUGGAUUAGAAGUCGCAAUGAAGAUUCAGUACCCUGGCGUUGCCAACAGCAUUGAAAGUGAUAUCGAAAAUGUCAGACGCUUGUUAAAUUAUACAAAUCUUAUUCCAAAGGGACUCUUUCUGGACAGAGCUAUAAAGGUUGCCAAAGAAGAGUUGGCGCAGGAGUGUGACUAUGAAAUCGAAGCAGUCAGUCAAAAGCGCUUUCGUGAUUUGCUUUCAGACACUCCAGGGUUUUAUGUUCCGCUUGUGGUAGAUGAGAUUUCAAGCAAAAAGAUUCUAACCACAGAACUUAUAUCUGGGAUCCCCAUUGAUAAAGUAGCCUUGUUAGAUCAGAAAACACGAGAUUAUGUUGGGAGGAAGAUGCUAGAACUCACUUUGAAGGAGCUCUUUGUCUUCCGCUUCAUGCAGACGGAUCCAAACUGGGGUAAUUUCUUAUACAAUGAAGCCACGAAAACAAUCAAUCUUAUCGAUUUCGGAGCAGCCCGUGAUUACCCCAAGAAAUUCGUCGAUGACUAUCUACGAAUGGUGAUGGCAUGUGCAGAAAAAGACAGUGAAGGAGUGAUUGAAAUGUCGAGGAGACUCGGGUUCUUAACCGGAGAUGAAUCAGACGUAAUGCUAGACGCUCAUGUCCAAGCCGGUUUCAUAGUGGGUCUACCUUUUGCAGAACCUGGUGGCUACGCUUUCCGAACCAACAACAUUGCUUCUAGUAUCUCCAAUUUAGGAGCAACCAUGUUGAAACAUAGACUCACUCCACCACCCGAUGAAGCCUAUAGCCUUCACCGUAAAUUAUCCGGCGCUUUCUUGGCUUGUAUCAAGCUUGGAGCCACCGUCCCUUGCCGUGAUCUAUUGCUCCAAGUUUACAACAAGUAUCAGUUCGAUGAUGAGCCACAAGGUCCAAUAGUCGCUACUAGCUCUGUUUCUUCAACAUAGCUCUCUCAGACUAUGUACAAUGCAAAAACAUAUUCAA